AUGAAGUCUAAUGAACUUAGAGCUGUAGACCAUGAUCCUAUUACCUCUGAGCUUAGCACUUUUGGUGCACACAAGUACUUUAACCAAGGGACCAUCAAUGACACCAACAUCCAAAAAGUGACCAUCAACAGCAACAGCAGAGUCUCUCCCCUGCUCAACAUGGACACAGAACAAAAACACAAUCAAGAGCAAGGUGACAUCACAAAAUGGUCAUUCUCCCAUUCUUCUUCAUCAUCAGUUGGUGGUAUUGGUAAUGGUAACCACAACAACAACAACUACAAUGCUCAUUCAUUCCAUGUUGCAACUCCAACACCACCACCCUCUUCUUCCAAAUCCACUUUAAACAACAAAGCUGGUUUGUUAUUGCAUCACCCUCAAACAAGUAAAAUAUCAGUUAAGCCUCCUCAAACCUCCUCCAAUCUCACAAAGAAACUCAAAACAUCCUUGUCAAAACCCAUUUGGCUUUUGAGAAGAAAAUGCCCCUGUAAAGAUAAAAAGUCAGUGCAAGUCAAAGUAAACAUAAACACAAACAAAAACAAAAAUAGAAACACCCCCAAACCCCGAACUCCACCCCCACAACCCAAAACCCUCUCACACAACCAAAUCCACAAAGAUUCCUUGAAUCACAAGGCACCACCACCACCACCAUCAUCCAACAAGAAAGUGAAGGCUCAAAGGUUGUUCCAAUUCCAACCAUCCAUGAACCAACUUAGAAAGACCUCAAGUGAAGGCUUCACUUUCCCUUUGUUCUUGGCAACAAACUCCACCAACCCCACAAAACCUCAUCAUCAGGUUCAUCUCAACGUGGUUCAUGAAGAAGAGGACGCAACCCCACGUGAGUCCUUGCACAUGUUCCAACCUCCAAGCCCCCCCAAGUCACGUGCCAUGGAUGAUGAUGCAGCUAGUGAUGCAAGUUCUGAUCUUUUUGAGAUUGAAAGCUUCUCCACUCAAACUACUACACUUCCAUACCCCAUUAUCACACCCUCCAUUGCUCGGUGCCAUGAAUCCACCGAUCACGAGUUCUUCUUCGCCAACGACUCCGGCAGCAGCCUGUGGCGGCGGCGACUGAGGGAUACGGAGGUGCUGCCACCACUUUAA